AUGGGGGCCUCACAGCCACUUAACUCGCUACUGCACAACAUACUCAACAACUCCUAUCUCCCCCCAUUACGCUCGCCCACCUCUUCGUCUGUGCCUAAUUGCCGAAUCGUCCUGCCUGUUUCAGUGGAGGAGUAUCAAUUGGGGCAGCUGUAUACGGUUGCAGAAGCCAGCAAAAACAAUACCGGCGGAGGAGAGGGUGUUGAAGUGCUGGCCAAUGAGCCCUAUGAAAAAGAUGGAGAGAAGGGACAGUAUACCCACAAGAUCUACCACCUGAACAGUAAAGUUCCACGAUUAGUGAGGGCACUGGCGCCAAAGGGCUCUCUUGAGAUUCAUGAAAAGGCCUGGAAUGCAUAUCCCUACUGCAGAACCAUUCUCACUAAUGACUACUUGAAAGACAAUUUUCAAAUUAAGAUUGAGACAUGGCACAAGCCGGACAUGGGAGAACAGGAGAACAUACAUGGACUAGAGAAAAGUGAGUGGGAGAAAGUUGAAGUUGUAAAUAUCGACAUUGCUGACAGAAAUUGUAUAAGUCCGAAGGAGUACAAAGAAGAUCAGGAUCCAGCCAAAUUUAAGUCAGAAAAAACGGGAAGAGGGCCUCUCGGACCAGAAUGGAAGAAAGAAGUUCAGAACGACCCCACCUGUCCACAUAUGUGUGCCUAUAAAUUGGCCACAGUAAAAUUCAAGUGGAUGGGCUUGGCGGGCAAGAUAGAGAGCCUGAUUCAGAGGGCUCAGAGGCGUCUCUUCACCCACUUCCACAGACAGCUCUUCUGCUUGAUCGAUAAGUGGAUUGAUCUUUCAAUGGAUGACAUCAGGAAAAUUGAGGAUGACACAAAGAAAGAACUGGAUGAGAUGAGGCAAAAUAGUGAGUGCAAAGGCAUGGACAUGGAAGAAUAA